CCAUGGCCUCCUGGGGCCCGGGACUCCGGCUCCUGCUGGGAAUCCUGCUGCUGCUGCUCCCGCCUCCUGCGACCCCUGCUUCCGACCGUCCCCGGGGCAGAGACCCGGUCAACCCAGAGAAGCUGCUGGUGAUCACGGUGGCCACAGCCAAGACGGAAGGAUACCGGCGUUUCCUGCGGUCAGCGGAGUUCUUCAACUACACAGUGCGGACCCUGGGCCUGGGACAGGAGUGGCGAGGGGGUGAUGUGGCCCGAACGGUUGGUGGAGGACAGAAGGUCAGGUGGCUAAAGAAGGAAAUGGAGAAAUAUGCUGACCGGGAGGAUAUGGUCAUCAUGUUCGUGGACAGCUACGACGUGAUUCUGGCCGGCAGCCCCUCCGAGCUGCUGAAGAAGUUCGUCCAGAGUGGGAGCCGCCUGCUCUUCUCUGCUGAGGGCUUCUGCUGGCCCGAGUGGGGGCUGGCGGAGCAGUACCCUGAGGUGGGCACGGGGAAGCGCUUCCUCAACUCUGGUGGGUUCAUCGGCUUUGCCCCCACCAUCCACCGAGUCGUCCGCCAGUGGAAGUACGAGGAUGAUGAUGACGACCAGCUGUUCUACACACGGCUCUACCUGGACCCAGGGCUGAGGGUGGGGAUGGCGGGGAGGGCGGCCCCUCGCAGCUCCGCAGGGCUGCAGGCGCCAUGCGGGCUAUGGGGCUUCAGGGAGGAAGUAGAAAGAGUGGGGAAUGAUGGCCCGCCCGCUCCUCGGUUAACUGCCCCAUCUCAUCCCAUGCAGGAGAAACUCAGCCUCAAUCUGGAUCAUAAAUCCCGGAUCUUUCAGAACCUCAAUGGGGCUUUGGAUGAGAUAGUUUUAAAGUUUGAUCGGAAUCGCGUGCGUAUCCGGAAUGUGGCCUAUGACACGCUUCCCGUCGUGGUCCAUGGGAACGGUCCGACUAAGCUCCAGCUGAAUUACCUGGGAAACUACGUCCCUAAUGGCUGGACUCCUCAGGGAGGCUGUGGGUUCUGCGGCCGGGACCGGAGGAUACUCCCGGGGGGGCAGCCUCCCCCCCGGGUGCUUCUGGCCGUGUUCGUGGAACAGCCGACCCCGUUCCUGCCCCGCUUCCUGCAGCGGCUCCUGCUCCUGGACUACCCCCCUGACAGGGUCACCCUGUUCCUGCAUAACAACGUGAGACGCCCCCCUGCGCAGCCUCCCAAACGGCCCUGCCCCCACCGGAUCGGCCCAGACUCCUUCCUACACCCCUUCCGCUCACCACCUUCUCCCUCCUGUUCCUCAGGCGCCAUCUUUUCUGCCCUCUCUCUCCCCUCCUCCCAUCUCUCCCCCCAUCUCCAGGAGGUGUACCAUGAGCCCCACAUUGCAGACUCGUGGCCCCAGCUCCAGGGCCACUUCUCAGCUGUGAAGCUCGUGGGGCCGGAGGAGGCCCUGACCCCGGGCGAGGCCAGGGACAUGGCCAUGGACAGCUGUCGGCAGGACCCCGAGUGCGAAUUCUACUUCAGCCUGGAUGCUGACGCCGUCAUCACCAACCAGCAGACCCUGCGCAUCCUCAUUGAAGAGAACAGGAAGGUGAUAGCGCCCAUGCUGUCCCGCCACGGGAAGCUGUGGUCCAACUUCUGGGGAGCCCUGAGCCCCGACGAGUACUACGCUCGGUCCGAGGACUACGUGGAACUCGUGCAGCGGAAGCGAGUGGGCGUGUGGAAUGUGCCCUAUAUAUCCCAGGCGUACGUGAUCCGCGGCGAGACCCUGAGGACAGAGCUGCCCCAGAGGGAGGUGUUCUCGGGCAGCGACACCGACCCAGACAUGGCCUUCUGUAAGAGCCUGCGCGACAAGGGCAUCUUCCUCCACCUCAGCAAUCAGCAGGAAUUUGGUCGCCUCCUGGCCACCUCUCGGUAUGACACAGACCAUCUGCACCCUGACCUCUGGCAAAUCUUCGACAACCCCCUGGACUGGCGGGAGCAGUACAUUCACGAGAACUACAGCCGGGCCCUGGAAGGGCAGGGACUCGUGGAGCAGCCGUGUCCAGACGUGUACUGGUUCCCGCUGCUGUCAGACCAGAUGUGCGACGAGCUGGUGGAGGAAAUGGAGCAUUACGGCCAGUGGUCAGGAGGCCGGCAUGAGGACUCAAGGCUGGCCGGAGGCUACGAGAACGUGCCCACCGUAGACAUCCACAUGAAGCAGGUGGGCUAUGAGGACCAGUGGCUGCAGCUGCUGAGGACGUACGUGGGGCCCAUGACAGAGAGCCUGUUCCCAGGCUACCACACCAAGACCCGGGCGGUGAUGAACUUUGUGGUCCGCUACCGGCCAGAUGAGCAGCCGUCUCUGCGGCCCCAUCACGACUCCUCCACCUUCACUCUCAACGUCGCCCUCAACCACAAGGGCCUGGAUUAUGAAGGAGGUGGCUGCCGCUUCUUGCGCUAUGACUGCAUAGUCUCGUCCCCACGGAAGGGCUGGGGGCUCCUGCAUCCUGGCCGCCUCACCCACUACCACGAGGGGCUGCCCACCACUCGGGGCACUCGCUACAUCAUGGUGUCCUUUGUCGACCCCUGACACUCAACCACUCUGCCAGACCUGCCCUGCCGCUGUGCCUUCCCGGGGGGCCCCCUCCGUGGAAGGGGGUCUGUCUGGCGCCUCGCUUCCUGAGCGGAUGUUCGGUGUGCCUGGGACUGAAUGUGUCGCCUCCCCCCGCUCCCCAACACGCGGCCCUCUCAGGAAGCUCCUGGAGCCCCCCCUUGCCCCUCCCCACAGUCCCCGAGGACCCCUGGGGAGAAGGCUUUGAGGGCUCCCCGUGUGAUAAAUUAUUGUUUCUCACCCUCUCAAUAAAGGAGGAUUUGUAAGCCUUGA